GGGGUGGAGAGCUGUCUGAAGUAGUCUACUGAUGACCUCACGUUAGAAUGUGGCAGUGUGGUGGAACAGAGGCGCUGAUUGGUCGCCCGUGUCACAGCGGUACUUCAAAGCCGGAGAGGACCUACAAUUUGUGGUGGAUGGGCGGAACACAUCAUUGUAUUGCACACCUCUAAAAAAAACACUCACUGCUGUGAUUCAUAAAUAUAAAAAGAUCCUCUGAGGAGGGCACUUUUUGUGAUGGCAACUUCACUUCUAGGGGAGGAGCCGAGGCUAGGAUCGACUCCUUUAGCCAUGUUGGCUGCGACAUGCAACAAGAUAGGGAGUCCGAGCCCAUCACCAUCCUCCAUUUCGGAUAAUUCUUCAUCUUUUGGGAAAGGCUUCCACCCGUGGAAGCGAGCCACCGCCAGCAGCUGCAGCCUUGGGUCCGGCCUGUCCGGGUUUGGAGUGUCCCGUAACGGAGCUGGUCUAUCGGACUCGUUUGGCACCAACAGCUCUCCCGGAUCCAGUGCCUUCUCCCUAACGUCCGGCAACUCAUCCACGCCCCACUUUGGAAACGACUAUUCUGUAUUUCAGGCCUCCGUUACAAACAGUUCUCAAGAACCCAGCCAUCAGCCCGUCUUCAUUUCCAAGGUGCACUCCUCAGUGGACAGUCUGCAAGGCAUCUACCCGAGAAUGAGCGUUGCACAUCCGUACGAGUCCUGGUUCAAGUCGUCCCAUCAUGGUAUCCCCACAGGAGAGGUUGGCACCACCGGCGCGUCUGCAUGGUGGGAUGUGGGAGCGGGUUGGAUUGAUGUUCAGAACCCGAGUGGAGCAGCUCUACAGUCCUCGUUGCACUCCGGUGGACUCCAGACGUCGUUACACUCUCCUUUAGGGGGCUACAAUUCCGAUUAYUCCAGCCUAAGUCACUCAGCCUUCAGUACAAGUCCCUCUCCACACCUUUUGACAACCGGACAACACCUGAUGGACGGUUACAAGCCGGUGUUAUCCUCUUAUCCAGACUCCAGUCCGUCUCCAUUAGGCGGAGCAGGGGGGACUAUGUUAUCUGGGGGGCCAACGGCCUCUCUAGCGGGGUCUCCCCGGUCCUCCGCACGGCGCUACUCUGGCAGAGCCACCUGCGACUGUCCCAACUGUCAGGAGUCGGAGAGGCUGGGGCCGGCGGGAGCAAGUCUGCGGAGGAAAGGGCUCCAUAGCUGUCACAUUCCGGGCUGUGGUAAGGUUUACGGCAAAACGUCGCACCUCAAGGCGCACUUGAGGUGGCACACCGGAGAGAGACCGUUUGUGUGUAAUUGGCUGUUUUGCGGGAAGAGGUUUACGCGCUCUGACGAGCUCCAGCGACACUUGCGCACGCACACCGGGGAGAAAAGAUUCGCCUGUCCGGUCUGCAACAAGAGGUUUAUGCGGAGCGACCAUCUGAGUAAACACGUAAAGACUCACAGCGCCGGGGGCUCCGCCGGGUCUGGCUCUGGCAGCGGGGGAAAGAGGGGAAGCGAUACCGACAGUGAGCACAGCGCCCCGGGGAGUCCUCGAUGCCAUUCCCCCGACCUGUUGCAAGCUCCCGAAUCUACCCCGGGAACGGGAAACGAACGGCCUUUCUAAACUCUCUCGACUAAGUAUAAUAUCUGAGAAAAACAUAUGAUCUGAGGGAAAUGGCUAAACUACAGUGGACAUACGUCGAGUAUGCGUAAUUAUGSUAAUGUGUGCAAGUUGAGUUAAUCAAGUGAUUUAGACUACUGAUCAAAUGAUAUCUCCUAGUAGCCUAUUGAUGACGUGGGGUGUACAGGUCAAAUACAGUACUGGUAAAGUAAUCCUGAAGGCACACUGGAACACUGGGGCACAAUGUAAACGCAUCAAUGUUCUUCUAACGCACAGACUGAUCCAACCGGGGAGGCCUAUACUU